AUGGUGGCGAAUUCUCCACGAUGCAUUUCCGGAGUGUCCUCUUUUCCUAGGGUUAUGUCUGUUUCUCCAAAACCUUCGCCACUGCCAACUGCACGUGUAAAGACUCCUACCUUGUCUUCUCAACGUCGAGGACUCUCCACGAAGGAACGUUAUGGUCCAACGCCAUCUCGACCUGAGGCAAAAGCACCUGCGGUCAGUGUCGAACGUCAUCCAGUGAAGCGUCCCUCUUCCAAGUGCGGUGCUUUUUCGAAUCCUAUCGGGAAACGAGGGAAAGCAAAUGAAAUUCCUACAACUUCUAUGUCGCCAAAUCUCAGAGGUCUGCGUCGGUCUACUUCGAAGGAAAUGUCACAGACGAACAAUUCUUCCUAUUACUCACUAAACAUAAAUCGAACCGGAGAACUUGACUUAUUCGACCUUUCUUCCAAAUCACCCCACGCAUCCCCUACUCUUCUUUUAUCGGAACAAUCGAGUAAUAUUAUACGAAAGGUUAAUUUUUCAGAUGCUCGCGACGUAACACCUUGUAAAAACACACCUAGUUCAGCGGUUUCUCAGCAUUCGGUCUCUAAUAAAAGGAAGGUGUAUCGGAAUUCAUUGGUUCGACGAGGCUCCUCUGGUAGAGCUCUUUCGCUUAAUUCGACCGUGGCUAAGGAGGAACUUCUCUUCAGUUCUGCAUCACCUAAACCCGCCGUUUUUGACCAGGAUGUUGAGAAGUCCCAAAAACGCGCAAGUGAAAAUGAUCUACAGGAAGCCCAUACUGCAAAAAAAGGUGUACAGUUCGGUCCAAGCUUAAGACCUGAACAAUUUGAUUCUCGUCUACCAGCUUCAACACCGGUUAGACGUGGCGAGCUACCGCCCCGGAGCUCAAUUAAGCGCACUUGUACAUCGAUUGUGAAGCAUCGCAGGUCCACUUCAAUGCCACCAUCGCUAAAAGAAGGAGGUAAUAUUUCGUCGAAACUUUUUACGCCACAAAAUAUAUCUGCUGGAUUGAGAACGAAAUCAAAUCUCCGUGCCUUGUCACGAAGCCUUAUGGAUUCGUUUAUAGAUGAUUCUACAGCCGCCCUUAAAAGUUUGGCAACAGGCAACUUGAACGACUCUGCAUUCAAUCAGUUCUAUAUUGGUAAAAGAAAGGUAGCUGUGUCCCCUGUCUCGUCUCCUGAAUUUCUAAAUGAGGAAAAUGGUCGGUCUUCCAAAUCUAAAAGUGCUGCAAAACGUGUGUCCAAUAUCGAUAUAGACCGUGGCUGGAUUUCUCAUGAUACUCCACCUUUGCCAUCGUUGAGACGCACUAGUCGGAGUGCGGGAUCUGUCGAUACAGUUUCAUCUGAACGUCGUGAAUUCGCAAAAUUUUCUCGUCGUACUUCGUCCUGUGCUUCUAGAAGUCGGAACGCUGAGGAUUCACAAGCUUCAUUAAGUGUCGCUUCUGCUGCAGUGUCAUCAAGAGUUAAACAAUCUACUACAGGAAACACAUUGUCGAACUCUCCAAAAGAGUCGCACUUAGAGGAUAUGGGCACGUUGGACGUCUCCUCGCCUGGCCGACGUCCAGUCGUGGGUUCUGUCGAUGGAUUGACGCUCCAAUCCCCCUCGAGACUCUCCAGUACGCGAACACCUGUGAGGGUCUCAAGAACUGUGUCCUCCCCGUCGUUGCCUGAACCACAGGAAAUCGUUGGUGUUCCAAUUUUCUCUUUUGUUUUCAGCUCUGUUCCGCCGCGCAUAGAUCCCCUUACGGACGCGUCAAGAGUUGAGGAAUUGUCGGGGGUCUCUGGCAUUUUUGAGUUAACGAAGACGUCGAAUUCUGUUUUUUCUCCAACACUAACUGGUUUGGAGAAGCCUUCGAAAGCUGCGCUUUCCGAUUCAUCUGUUACGCCAAACAUUCGAUAUUUGCUUAGGUCUCCGAAGUCUGCAUCCUCUUCGAGACUAUCUGCUGUGAGAAAGUUUGCAAUAACUUCGAACACGGGACCCGCUUCUGACCUGAUACCCGCCGGGAAUCAAACUCAUAGUUCGGAGUGUUUCCUUUCUCCACGAUUAUUGAAUGCUCAAAAGCUUAUAGAAACACCAAUGGUCCAGGAUUUACAGGAGCAAUCAGAUACUGUGGAACCUGUACUUCCCUCUAGGACGUCAGAGGUUCCGAGAUCUGUGAAAAAGCCAAAGCUUCAAACUUCUCCACGACUGUCAGGGGUUUGUAAAUUAGUUAAAACUUCGAAGCGUGUACGCUCUCCCAGAUUAUCGGACGUUCAAAGACUCCUGCAAACUCCAGUGGUGAAAGCCUCUCCACGACUAUCAGGCGUUCCUACUUUAAUGGAAACUCCAGAAUUUGCACAGCCUUUUAAACUGUCGGGUGUCCGAACACCUCUGAAAACACCAAAGUUGCAAGCUUCAUCGCGGCUAUCAGGAGUUCGGAAAUCACUGAAAACUCCGAAAUCUGUGUCGUCACCUAGACUGUCGGGUGUUCGAAGAUGCGUUAAAACACCAGGAGUGCAAGCAUCGCCGCGACUAUCAGGACUUCGUAAAUCAGUGAGAACUUCAAUGCAUGUUUACUCUCCAGAACUGUCGGGUAUCGCAGAAUUGAUUACAACUCCGAAGUCUCCUCCCUCCAGGACGGUGUCUGGUCUGGAGGAAAUCGCAAGAGCACCGGGAGGUAAGACGCCUCCAGAAAUUCAACAGAUGGACCGACUCAUUAAUGUUUCGGGUUCUCCAUCUUCGGGACUUCAUGGUCUCCAGGAUCUCAUACAAACAUCAAAUGCAUCAAGUCUGAAAAGCGCUAGGCUUAAGCGGUCAACCGUAACUCAUUUGCCUUCUCCUCAGAAAAGGCGAAGAUUGCAGAAAUUGAAGAAUGUUAAUAGCUCCUUGGCUCUCUCUGUUCGUCAGACGCGUUCCAGAGCAAAGGCGGCUAUUGUAAUGUCGAGCAAAUCGAAUGCUGUAGUUGCUGUCAAUUCAGGCGAGGAGUCCGACGAAAUUCGGAAGACUAGGCUUCGUAAACAAACGAUUUUUGUCGCACCCACGAAGCGUGGUGUUUCGUCAGCCCCAAAGGGGCGGCGCAAGCAGUUGUCUACCAUUGCUGAAUCAUUGUCGCCUCAAAUUAGCAAACCGGUGCAGCAGGAAUCCGUUAACCUGAAGGGUAUACGUGCAGCCAAGUCCAAAUCGACGAAAGGUGUGAAUAGUAAGUCGUCUCCGCAGCAAUCGGUGCUCUGUUGUUCGGGUCCUUUAUCUGAUCUGCUCGAUGACGGUAUAAAGGGCGGCGCCACCAAGGUGAUCUCCAUGAAUGCUAAGUCGAGAAAAGUCGGUAACAGAAGAGCUGCUUCAUCACGUCGUGGUAAAUCCAGCUCUUCCCCGCUUUUAUUCUCAACCGUUCAGGAAAGAGAUUUACGAACGCUCGAAUCGAGAAAGGCUGCCAUCGUGUCUGCACUCAGCAGGCGACGUCAAGCUUCUACCAGGAAGUUGCCCACUCCGCAACGAGCUACAGUCAGAAAGCGCAAGGGAACAGCUCCACGGGGACUUAAGGCUAUCUCCCUUGAACAAAAAGGAAAAGCGGGAGCUAAAAAAAAGGUACAGUUCCCCGAUUCUGAGAUACUUAAGGUGGUUGGUGAGGCAAGUCCUCUUAUUGAGGGCGUGAUUGUUGAUGGUGCUCUCACAGCCGUUGCUCGUAGGAAACGUGCGACCCCGUCAAAAAUUGUUAAGCCGCAAAGUGGUGUGCGGGGGCGAACUAGACAGAAAUCAGUUGUAAACAAUUCAGCGAAGCAGGGAGGAGUUGUCCCCUCAAAUUCGAAGUCAUUGCGGCGUGGUCGUGCCAAAAAGUAG